AACAAAGGAUGAGCAUUAUAGGAAGAAAGAUUAUGAUCUCGAUCAACAUCUCGACUUUGUUGUCGCAUUUGCAAAGACAAAAAAUUGGUUUUACACCAUGUCAGUUGCAGGCAAUUAUUGGAAUGCUGAGGGACUGUGGAUUAUAUUCAGCUGCAUAUGCUGAGUAUCUGACUGAUGGACAGUCGAUACCAUUAGCAAAUUUUGAUGCCAAUCUACACCGUUCGAGAUACGGUGCACUUUUAUGGAAUUAUGGAAAUCAAAAAGCCUCGUCUGGUUCAGUCAGUGAUAACGAAGAUCCUCAUAAGCCAAGGAACACGUUUGUUGAUUCAGAUGGCAUUGAAAAGAUUAAUAUAGAUUAGUCAUCUGAAGUUUUUUCAGAUUUCCCCUUUAUUGAACUUGCUAAGGUUAUUUUUAUUAGAUACAUUAAGAUACGUGGUUAUAACGUAUCUAAGUCGUUUCUCAUUCCCAUUUUGUCGUUUUUGUAAGGUUAUGAACCUAUAUUAUCUUUAUAUAAAAGGUUGUUUAGAUUA